AUGUAUCUUGCCAGGAUUCCCCUACUCAAAUCGCUCGCUAAUACCAGCAGCCAAGUUCUCAUCCCCGCAGCGAUGGACCAAGUUCUUCCAGAAACGACCGCAUACUGCGACUUUGACAGGGGUUUGCUUGCUAUGUCUUUUCUCUGCCCUGUGAACACCAAGCAAAUUUCAUUUCCCGGAACAAUCCUCAAUGGAGGGACCGGUAUAUUGCCCUCUUAUGAUUAUGUUAUUGUCGGAGGUGGUGUGAGCGGCCUCGUGGUCGCGAAUCGCCUUACCGAGGACCCGGAGAGUAUGGUCACAUCAUUUGAUAUUGAUCUAAUGCCGGUAAAGCUGACGGUGCAAGUAGCAACCGUAUUAGUGAUCGAGGCUGGGAAGAUUGACAAUCACUCCCCAGCGAUUCAGUACCCACGAAAUGUUUUGCUGGCUCCGGUGAACAAUAGCUGGCCGAUUACCUCUCUUCCAGAUGCCGAACUCAAUGACCGUACAACGCCUGUGCAAGCCGGUCUAGUGCUCGGUGGAGGAGGAGCCAUCAACGGUAUGGCCUUUGAUCGGGGGUCUCCCGGUGAUUAUGACCUUUGGGGUAAACUUAUCGGGGACGAUAGCUGGAGCUGGAUAGGGCUUUUGCCGUAUUUUAAGAAGAGUGAAACAUUCACGCCCCCAUCCGAGGAUUUACAAGAAGAGUUUGGAAUCGGCUUUGAACCGGACGCGCAUGGGUUUGCUGGACCAGUUCACUCUUCAUAUCCCCCGUUCAUUACUACGACUCAGAAGUCAUUUAUCCGUGCGGUUCGUCAAGCUGGCCUUCCAAUUCAGCUUGAUGGCUCUGCCAAUGCUAUAGGAGGUUUCUGGAGUCCGAACUCGCUUGAUCCAGUCACACGAGAGCGUUCGUACGGACGAACAACUUACCAUGAGCUUUCAAAUGAGAGACAGAAUUAUCACGUGCUGCUAGAAGCCCUCGUUACUAGACUUACGCCUGACUUAUCCGGUGUCGAAUACGUCCCUGGAUAUGACCCGACCUUUAAUGUUAUACCCCAAGGCGCAGAGCGCCGCAAGGUACGGGCUCGAAAAGAAAUCAUCAUGGCCGCCGGUGCGAUACAUACGCCCAAGAUCCUGCAACUCUCGGGAAUAGGCUCAUCAGACGUCCUCCAUGGUCUGGGUGUUGAACAAGUUAUCGAUCUUCCUGCCGUCGGCGAGAACUUCCAAGACCACCCAGUCCUAUACGGCUCGCAGGAAUUGACGAACCUGAGUGAUCCAACACAGCUUCUAUCGUAUACGUACUCGAACGCGACAUACGACGCAGAACAGGGGGCGCUAUACGAGCUCAAUCGGACCGGUCGAUGGACUGCCUCAUGGGAAAAUAUCUUGUCCUUCCUCACGGCGGAAUAUCUAAAUGUUUCAACGACGAGCUUGACACAGGCGGCUCAGCAACCAGCGGAUAAGUUCCUUCGUCCCGGUCUAGAUCCGACAAUCGUCCAAGGCUACGAGAAAGUUAAGUCCGCCACGCUAAAGUCCAUGAUUGAGGGCAGAAUAACCCUAACGGAGAAUUUGAUCGGGGGAAUCGUAAGCCUCCAGAAGCCACUCAGCCGGGGAUCUGUCCGCGCGGCCUCAACUGACCCGUACAACAUGCCACUUGUUGAUUACCGUGCGUUCACUAAUCCACUGGACCUGGCAAUCUUUACCCAAGGUAUCCGAUUCAACACAGACGUUCUUCCCACGACGGAUGCAUACCAGGAGCUGGGAACUGUUGUACAUUUCCCGACCCCAGGCUUGUCCAACACGGAGCUUGAAGCUGUAAUUCGGUCGUCCGCCGCUCCCACCUUCAACCACGCUAGUGGUACGUGCGCAAUGCUGAAGCUAGAAGACGGAGGAUGCGUUGAUAACGAGCUGAGGUUAUAUGGCUCCAUGGGGCGCAUCCGAGUCGUAGACGCCUCUAUAUUCCCUGUCAUUCCGUCUGCCCAUACACAGAGCACUGUCUACGCAGUAGCCGAGAGAGCAGCAGAUAUAAUCAGGGAACGGCACUAGCAUCAAUUAUCAGAGUACAUCCAUUUCAAUAAAUUGAUAUCCAUUACC